AUGUCUCAAAAAGCACGAUCAGCAUCGUCGGUGGAGGACAAAAUGCCGUACGAGAUUUGGUCAAUGAUCCUGGAACCUUUGGAAGCUGAACUCUCAUCUCAGUCAUGGGCCAGACCUAUGACCCAAAACGAUCCUCAAAACACCAGAACUCUUGCAUCAGUGUCUGGAGUUUCUGAAGCAGCCCACCCCGUUGCGAAUCAGUUCCUAUAUCGGACCUUGGAUUUGGAAUCCCUCGAAAAACCUAGAGUAAGCACAGUGUCGCUUCUUAGAGCAUUUGCUGAUCAGCCAAUUCUGGGAGAGCACGUACAAAAGUUACGUGUAAAUUUCAGCAAGCUUGUCGCUACCACAAAGGACGACAUCAAGUGGGAUGAGCUUCUCAAGAGCUUAGAGAGAAGAAUUGGAGCAGGGGGUCUCAGGAGUGAGGCCAAACAGUGCCUCCAGAUGUGGGUAAAUACUACAAGGCAAAAUAAAGACUUCCCCGAUAUUGUAACGCCUUUUGUUUCGCUUCUUCCAAGACUGCAAGUUCUUGAAUGUCAGAUGAAGAGGUGGGAUCCUUUGGCAGGAAACCUCAAGAACUGCCCUUCGCUAACCGAGGUGAGACUCAAAGCCGCCAACGAGACACACCCAGUCAGCAUUGCCGAGAUUCUACCAGCUCUGAUGCAUCCCACUCUUAAGGUAGUUCGUCUCUAUGGUUUCGGUUCAGAAAAGAAAUUUGGCGGAAACCUGUGGCCCAAUUCCAGCGUUGAAACUGUUGAUCUUGGAGAUUCUUAUCUCAAUAAAGAUGGAGUAUCAGGAAUUUUCCAACUGUUCCCGAAACUGAAAAACUUCUCCUACGAAUUUGGCAGUGUCAAAAGGAUGAAAGACUGUCAGCGAGCCCAGAUCACAAUCGGAGAACUUGGUGACGAGUUGAGAGCCAGGGGAAAGUACUUGGAAUCUCUCACAAUUGACACGGUAGUUCUUCUCCAUUUCCCGGACGCAGAUGACAACAGGACUCUCGGGUCGUUUAAGGGCCUGGAAUCACUAAAACACCUUUGUGUCUGCAAGCCUUGCUUGAUUAAAUCGGGAUAUGGCCAAGACGAAGGUAGGGCCUGGGAAAAUGCCCUUCCUUCGCAGUUGGAGUCAAUCCAUUUUCUACCCGAAUUAAGAGUUACUUCCGCCUCCUUUCCGCCCAGGAAGGAUGAAGAAUUACUCAAGUUCGUCAGAAAAUACCUAUUAAGCAACGAAGGGAGGUUGAGGAGCCUCAAAAAGGUUUCAGUGGAGCUGCACUGCUCAAAAGCUCAGGUCCAUGAUGAGAGCGGGAACGUGGUCGAAGACUACUUCGGUGAGUGGAAAAUCGGAAGGAAAGAAGAAUGGGUUUCGAUGGUGCCAACGAUUUUGUAUGGUGAGAAAUUUAAACCGACCAUCGUUGAGUUUAUUAGGUCCUAG